AUGAAAACUUUAAGAUGCUCUCGUCAGCUCACUCGUUUGACACAUGGAAACAUGUGGAAGCAUUUUCAGAAAAAUGAUUAUUCUGUGCUUUUAUUUUGUAAGAGAAAUAUUAGAAGUCAGGUAAAAAAUAAUAAGGUAAGUUAUACGACAAGGUACUACAGCAACAGCUUCGAGGAAGAGAAAAAGAAUACUGAAGAAUAUUAUUUAUCCAUGGGUGAUAAUAUAGAAAAACGGUAUAGCUUGGCUUUAUAUAAUGUAGGAAAAAGAAGUAACAAAAUAAAUGAAAUUUCCAGUGAUAUCUUAUUUGUUAAAAAUAAUUUCCUUAAAGAUAAAGUAUUUUUAAACUUUUUACACAUACCAAAUAUUGAAAAUAAAGAAAAGCUAGAUUUCUUAAAAAAUCAAUGCAAAAAAUAUAAUAAUAAUAAUUUCAGUACAAUAACAAGCAAUUUUUUAGAGUCUCUAUUUGAUUCCAAAAGGAUAAAUUUCUUACCCAAAAUUAUAGAAGAAUUUGAAUUAUUACUAAUGAAAGAUAGGAAAGAAAUAAAAUGUACAGUUUACACAGCAAAAGAAUUGGAUAACAGUUAUAAAAAGAAAGUGCACGAUUCGAUACUUUUCAGAUUGAAAAAUGAAUUGAAACCACUUAUUGAGUAUAAAACCGAUGCAACUAUUUUGGGAGGACUGGUUCUAAAAAUCGGCAAUCAAGUUUUUGAUUUUUCGGCUAAGUCAAAAAUUGAAAAAAUUAAAAGUACGUUGUUAUAG